AUCAUUCUCUCGCUAUCCGCUUCUCUUAUUAUCAAUAAAAAAAAAAUCAACCAAUCAAAUGCGUAAACAAAAUAUUCGGAAAUCUGUUGACAGCGUGUUCACAGAUUGUUUGAUAUUGAAGUGCUUGUGUUUGCUAAAGUUAAAAAAAUUCCUUCAACGAUCAAAUGCGUAAAAAAAUCUCAGCAAAUCUGAUGCCAGCGUGUUCAAAGAUUGUGUUAUUGUUUAUUAUUGCUUGUUGAAGUUACAUUUCCAGCAUCUAUUAAAUAUGAGUGAUAAAAGUCGAAAUUUCCGAUCUUCAUAUUAUGACAAAGUUGGGUUUCGUGGAGUUGAAGAAAAAAAAUCUUUAGAGAUAUUAAUUAAUGAGAAACCAAUGGAUAAAGAGAAACUGUCAAAAUUUUGUUUGCGCUUUACUCUUCCAGCAAUAUACAGAGAAUAUGUUUGGAAAGUUCUCUUAGGUAUUCUUCCUGUAAAUGUAGAAAGGCACAACUCAGUUUUAAAUCAAAGAUCUGAAUAUUAUAAAGAAUUGGAGCAUUCUUUGGAAAUUAUGAGAAAAAUUACUAAAGAGACUCCUAAACCUAUUAUUCACACACUUAUGUUCUUACUUAUUGAAGAAGUAUUAGAUUUCGAAACACAAAGACAAUUGGAAACCACUGAAGUUCAAAAUAUCAUUUCUCUUGCAACCUUUUUUCUUGAUGUAUGUUCAACAGAAAUUGCCUUCUGGAUGUUAAGAAACUUCAUUUUAUAUCAACAAAGAUUUAAUAUUCUUCCAAAAUUUCUUAUUGAAAAUUUAGAAUCUGUUCUUCGACAAGAAGAUGAUGUAUUAUAUGAACAUUUAAGGCAGAUAAAAGCAUUAGAAGCUCUUCCUUUAGAUAUGUGGUUUGGAAGGUAUUUUACUGGAGUUAUACAUGAAAGUUCAUUAGCAAGAAUAUUUGACAAAGUUAUGGGUGGAAGUUGCAAAAUACUCCCUUAUGUAGCUGCUUCACUUUUGAUUGUUAGAAGACAUUUGUUGCUACCAUUGAAUGAUUCAGCUAAAAUUAUUGAUAUACUGAAACAGAAUCCUGAAGACAUAUCUGAUAUGAUUGUUAACAAAACUUUAGAUUUGUACAGUUAAAUACUGAUGUAUUCUGAGGUUCUUUGAAAGGUGUUGGCUGUACACAUUAAGCAAUAUAAAAGAGCUUGCAUUUAGCUGAUGUGAUGCAACACAACUUGUAUGAAUUUGUGGACAUUAAUGGCUUUAUAAGAAAUUUUAUGUAAUUGCUUUGUAAAUAUCAAAGUUGCAUGUUUCAUUUUCACAUUUAUUUUAAUGUAAUAAUUUUUAUCAUUUAUGACAUGUAAAAAAACACCAUUGAUUUUAAAAAAUGUAUUGUAUUACUUGCAAUGUAAUUAAAAAAAU